AUCUUAAACCCACUCAAAUUCCUUCAUACCAAUACCAAGCCCUCAAACUUGCACCAAAAUUUCAAAGUUAGAAACAGAAAACAACCCAAGAGAGAGUAAUGGCUUCAAGCUCAGCAGUUACAAUGGCUAUGCCAUUGCCCAAUGCCACCACCAAAAAGAGGGUGGUUCAAUCCUCAGAGGCCUUCUACAAGCCACUACCCCUCCGGCCCUCAAAGGCUGUGUCCUCGCCAUCAAGAUCAAGUGGAAGACUUGAGGUCAGGGCUUCCCUGAAGGAGAAGGCCGUCACCGCAAUCACCGCCGCUGCGCUCACGGCCUCGAUGGUGGUCCCGGACGUGGCGGAAGCCGCGUCUGGAGUCUCUCCGUCGCUCAAGAACUUCUUACUCAGCAUUGCUGCCGGCGGCACUGUACUUAUUGUGAUUAUUGGAGCUGUAAUCGGAGUGUCCAAUUUCGACCCUGUCAAGAGGGGCUGAGAAUAUUGAAAUGUCAUUCACUUUGGUUGGGAAUGUUCCAUCUUCUUUAUGUAUCUGUUUAGUUUUCCUUGUUAUGUUUACCUUCUAUAUCAUCGUGUAAUAUGACUCUUCUUCCCUCUCA